UAUCUGUUAAAACCUUAGGCCCACCUAAAUGGCCAUUAACCACGGUUAAUAACAUGACAUCUACUAGAAGUAACCCACAUACAAUUCUUAAUGAUAAUAAAAAAUCGUUAAAUUCUCCACAAAGAAUAAACACAUCACGGAAGCCAGCUAUAUCAAAAACUGAAGAAAGACAAAGAAUGAUGUCUGGUGUAGCGAGUAUAAUGCCUCAAAUUGCUCAGCCUGAUCUUUCAAUAAAUUAUUCUAGUUCACAGUCAAAAGAAACUGUUGAAGAACCAGUGUCAGAAUUGGACUCAGAAAUGGCUAAUAAAAUUAAUAUGAAAUUUAAGAACAUGCUUCUCGAAUAUGAGCAAAUGCAAAAUUUAGAUGAUAUAAUUUAUUCAUUAUCGGAAGAUGAAACUUCGGUAAUCCGCACAAGGCAUGAGGAGUUUGUGAAAUUAAUGUCACUUAUAACUUUAGAUACUAAUCCAAUUACCCUAACAACAGUGGCAGGCAAUAUUUUUGCUGAACUAUUAUCUAAACAACUUAUUUCUGUGGAGGCCAUAACUCAAGGAAUCGAUGCUGUCCUUAAAGAUUGGAAUGAUUAUUUGAUGGAUUACCCUCAAUUUUUCUCCUAUAUUGCUGCAAUUAUUGUUCCAUUAUUAUUAUCACAGAAUGCUUCCUUUGAUUUCAAAAAUUUAAAAGAUUCUUGUACAUCAAUACGACCAGACAAUUCGAGUAAAUUGUUUAUAGAAGUAUUAAAUAAAAUUCUUAGUUCCAUGGAAAAGCAGAACAUUAAAGAACAACUAGGAGGAGGUAUAUUGUGGAUUUACAAUAAGUGGCUAGCAUCGGAAUAUGUUCCUCUAAACAUAUUUAUUCCUGAUAACCAAAUCAAUGAAUAUUUUGAAGAUGAUCGAAUUGGAGCAUUAAUUUUGUCUAUUGCUAUGUAUGAUAAAUUGAAGACUUUAUAUAGUUACGAUAUAUUGCAUAGAUGGAUAAGUACAAAUAUCAAUGCAGAAGUAAUAAAAUGCCCUCAAUUUGUCCGAGCAUUAACUAUAGCCAUUGUCAUUUUAUGUUGGCAUUCGAAUCAUGCAUCUGAGGAUUUCUUUGAUAAUGUUCAUGUGAAAUUGUUGACCCAUUAUAUACGGUUUAAAACACUUCUAGAGCCUGAAAUCCAGGCAAGAGAAGUACAAUGUCUGUAUGGCUUUCAAAUUAUGUCUGCUGUGCUUAAACAUCCUAGAGGAAUGAUAUCCAAACUGUUUCAUAAGCUCCAUCAGGAUAGUGUUAUAAGUAAAGAAUCUUUUGAAUUGUGGAAAAGAGGAGACAAUUUCAAAGCUGGAUUCAAUGAAGACUUAGAAACAAAAACUAUGGCUGUUGAAUUUCUAAAUUCAUUCUUCCUUUCACUAGUAGGAAACAAUUCUGAUGAAGAUGAAACAGCUGAGUAGUUUCACAGCACUAACUUAUGCCUGCGUGUGUUCAAUAUUCAUCAAUCAACACAAAUUAUUGAAUUUUUUUUCAUUUAAUAACAGAUACCAUAUUAUAAACAAUUUACACAAAUAAAAAAAAA